GACACAGUUAGCUAUCAGUUCAUCUUGAGAUCUCCAACAUGAAGUAUUGUGUAUUAAAGAAAGUAUAUUUGAAGCCAAAACCUUUGGCGGAGAGGAACACAACCCAGUCGAGUCCAUCGCAAAGUUCGGACAAUUCGUUAAACACUACACAGCACAGUGCCAUGGAAUUGGAAGCAGCUGCAGCUCUAUUAAUGUUGCGCUAUCAAUAUGAUAUACAGAGUGCUGCCAAAUUAGCCGCCGCCGCAGCAAACGCCACUAACGAAGCCGCCGCCGCAGCAAACGCCACCAUCGAAGCCACCUCCACUGCCACCACAACCACCACGAUAGAAACAGCAAUUCCAGCAGAAAGUAGUCGCUCACCCACACCACCACCGCCUUGUGUGGUGGAUAAUUGCACUCCCAAGGAGCAGCAAGUUCGGGUUACGGCCAGCAGUCAACCAUUGAAGAAGCGUACAAUUCCAUCACAUCUAUUGAGACGAUCUCUGACUCCGGCCAAACAACAGCAAGUUCCUUCUAAUAAAAACAUCAGUCAGAAUGCCAUCGUUAAGGCCAAGAUCAAGGCCAAGACACCGUUGCCAGCAUUUGAGCGCAAUAAUGAAAGCAGCAAUAACACUACUUGCAAUAAGGCUCUAUUGAAAUCCUGUCGAAAUAUGAUACGUGAAUUCUUGGAUAAUCAGGAAAAGAUUUGAAUUUUUUUUUUUAUCAUUUUCAAUUU